GAUGCAUCGCCAGGUGAUUAUGGUGAGCAUGGAACCACACGGACAAUGACGAAACAUACUGACAGCCGGAAGGGCCUGACAUUACAGAAAGCAGUACUCGAGUUGCGCACCGAUUCAUUUGCAGACAGACAGAUGUAUACUGCACUGUCAAGAGUGCGAGGUCGUAGAGACAUUCAAGCGCUUUUUCGAGAAGAGGAAGAGACAACGGCCAACGUAGUAUACAGACGUCUAUUAUUACUAGGCGCCGUGACCCGCCGGCGAUGACCUUGCUUUGUUUGGUGUUGUUAACUCAUAAUUCAAUCACAAACGUGCAGUCCAAUCAA